GCUUAAUUCCGUCUUUAUACUUUCCCCGGCAGAUUCAGUAGAACUCUCUCACUUCCUCUUCUUCUUCGAUGGUAAUUUCGGAGUAAACGCCGAACAAAAAACCUCUUCCAAAACCUUCUCGCCGAUGUAAAAUUCAUCCAUUCUGUUCAUGGUUUUGAAGAUGAUUGUGGAUGUUUGCCGCCCUCACGACUUCUUGGAUCGAACAAUGGACCGAUACAUUCGCUUCUUCCCUUGUCUUUCCGAUCCCGUUCGGAGAUCUUCGUUGGGAUUAAAAGUAGCAUUGGUGAUGCUGCAUCUUGUUUAUGCUGGAAUUCUCUUCGCAUUCUACCGUCAUUUGAUUGAAGAAGCUAAAAUUAAACCGUGGUACACAGCUUCAUAUUUCUUGCUUUUCGUUGCUACUCUCAUUCAAUACUUUGUAACAUCAUGCUCAUCUCCAGGUUAUGUCCUUGAUGCAAUGAGGGCUGCUAAUGAGAAAGAUAAUGCUUUUAGAAAGGCAUCAAAACAACCUGCUUCAAGCAAAAAUGUAAAUGUGGUUGUUACUAUAGACCGGAACCACCCUGAAAAAACUGUUCCGGCAGAUGUAACAUCAUGGACAAAGAUAGUGAUGGACCUGUACUCUCCUGGAACAUUACUUAGAAAUUUUACAUGCUCCUAUUGUCAUGUAGAGCAGCCUCCAAGGACGAAGCAUUGCCAUGAUUGUGAUAGAUGCGUACUUCAGUUUGAUCAUCAUUGUGUUUGGCUUGGGACAUGUAUUGGCCAGGAAAAUCAUUGUCGGUUCUGGUGGUACAUUUUUGAGGAGACAGCUUUAUGUUUGUGGACAGGAAUAUGGUACAUUUCAUACCUCAAGGCUGAUAUAGCACGGUCUUGGUGGAAAGAUGCCAUUGUCAUUGUGCUGCUGAUUACCUUAUCGAUUGCCUUGAUAUUUCUACUCCUCUUGCUUCUAUUUCAUAGCUAUCUUGUUCUUACAAAUCAAACUACAUACGAACUUGUUAGACGUAGGCGAAUCUUUUACUUAAGGAGCCUUCCUGAAAGAGUUUAUCCCUUCAGCAAAGGAGUUUGCCGUAAUUUGUACGAAUUCUGUUGUCAUAGAGGCAACAUAUAUAACUUGGAGCCCCUGCCUUCAGCUCAGGUAAUCGAAGAGAGAUCAAGGCCGUACACGUGUUCAGACAUCAUGAGGUGUAGAUGUUGCUGAUUUGUUACAAUGUACCAUUUGCUUAACAUUCUUUCAUGUUAUCACUAGGUUGUGGUGGUUGGUGUGGGGAGAAGAGCUUGUCUGUCACUUUCAUUUUAUUUCCCCCCCUUCAAAUUAGCUGAUGAACAAUUGUAGAGCUUAGGUAACCUAAACCUUUUUUCUGGUGUAAAAUUGUUUGUGGUGGUGAAAUAGAUGCUUUAUGAUCCCUAUUAAAACUUUGGUCCUUCAUGGACCAUUUUACUUC